AUGGAGGAGGCUGAGGAGGAAGUUGGUGUGAAGAUUAGUUGUGUGAUAUCUGAUGCAUUUCUUUGGUUUUGUUGUGAGAUUGCUGAGGAGAAGGGUUUGUCUUGGUUUCCUAUUUGGACUGCUAAUGUUGUUAGUCUUUCUGCUGCUUUUUAUACGGAUGUUCUUCGGACUAAAUUUGGCGUUCUCAAACAAGUUAUUUUAUCCAACGCCUCCGGGGCGUUCGUUAAGUUUAACAACGAUGAAAUAAAAUUCUUUGAAACAUUCUUUAUUUGUAACCUUUCACCGGGAAUCGAAGGCCGCGGAGAUGAACUAGUAGAUUGUGUUCCUGGAUUUUCGAAUGUACGCCUUAGAGACAUAGUAGAUUGUGUUCCUGGAUUGGUUACAGAAAGUAUAAACUCGAUUUUCGAUCAAAUGGUAUACAAAAUGGGACUAAUGUUGCCUAAAGCCAAAGCUGUUGUCGUAAACACUUUCGAGAAAUUAUCACCCACAAUCACCAAUGACCUCAAAUCCAAAAUGAGGUUGCUCUGUGUUGGACCGUUCCCUUUGAUGUUUCCAUCUGAAGUCGUUUUCGACAAAUAUGACUGUCUUCCUUGGCUAGACAAACAAAAGGAAAAAUCUGUUGUGUACAUUAGCUUUGGCACAGUAAUGGCACCCCCGCCACACGAGUUUGUAGCCCUUGCAGAAGCUCUAGAGUGUGCAGGUUUCCCUUUCUUAUGGUCGAUAAAUGACUCGAAUAAGGGGCACUUACCAUCAUGGUUCAUAGACCGCGUUAAGGAAGAUGAGGCUUUUGGGAAGAUAGUGCAAUGGGCACCACAAAUGAAGGUACUAGGACACCCUUCCGUAGGAGGGUUUGUAACACAUUGUGGCUGGAACUCGGUCUUAGAGAGUAUUGUGAACGGGGUGCCUCUUAUAUGUAGGCCGAUGCUUGGGGAUCAGAGGCUGAAUCAACGGUUUAUUGAGUGCAUAUAUGAAUUCGGGGUUGGAGUUGAAGGCGGUGUUUUCACUAAGGGUGGGAUGAUCAAGGCAUUGCAUCGAGUUUUGUCGAGCAAUGAAGGGAAGGAGAUGAGGAAGAGUGUAGAUGUGCUUAGAGAGUUGGCUGAAGAAAGUACUAAACAAGGUGGUAGCUCACUUGAGAACCUUAAUGCUUUGAUAGAACUUGUUUCGGGGUUUUCUGAUGUUUAA